GUAACUUGAUGCGUUCGUUCUUCCCAAGGAAGAAGAUUUAAAAACUCCAUAGCAUAACCAUCAUAUCCAUUACAUUCAAACAAAUCACACGUCAAUGCAAUGCUGUAAGACUUCUUCUUCAAAACAUGUCGACGACGUCGUUCUUAACUCAGACGCAAAGGUACGCCGCCGGGGCAUUGCUUGCUAUCGCCCUUCACCAGGCUCAGAUCCACCGUUCUCGCCCUCUGGGAUUCCCCGAAGAUCAUGACUCAGCCGAGGAACGGAUCAGUAGUGGUAGCAGUAGCGACUCGGUCUCUGAUGAUCCUGAGCUAUGGGUCCAUGAAAACUCGGGUCUGCUGCGCCCCGUCUUCAGGGUUCUGGAUAUUGACUCUGUUGCAUGGCCUGGGCUUGAGGAAACAGCUGCUUGUUCUCCAGCUAAGAAUCAUGUUGGAGCAUUUAUGAGGCUACUUUCAGAAAAUGAUGGUGAAGGUUCAUCUCAAAGUUCUGAUCAAGAAGUUGCUUUGUCAAAAGGUGUUGAUGCCAUUAUAGAGAGUAUGGAAACAAACCCUGUGACAUCCAAGUCUAAGAAGGAAAAGCAUCGUGAAUAUGAGAAUGAGUACCGUGAGAAAUACUCCACUUCUGAGGUGCAAUCCAGCGUUGAAGCUGCCAACAAGCAUUUGGAAGCUGCAUGCAAAAUUGACAAUGAUGUACCUGGUGCCAAAGAUCUACCUCAUGGGUCUGGUGGUGAUGUUAAUGAGGAACCCAUUGAAGAGGGAGCAGUCCUUAGUUAUCACAGGAAAGUGACAGUUCUUUAUGAGCUUCUUUCAGCUUGUCUAGCUGGUUCACAGGAAGAUAAUAAAAAGUGUACCCGACGAAGAAAGGGCUACGAUGCCCGUCACCGCGUGGCUCUAAGAUUGUUGGCGACCUGGCUUGAUGUCAAGUGGAUAAAAAUGGAAGCCAUUGAGACGAUAGUUGCUUGCUCUGCAAUGGCUGUUGCAAAAGAGCAAGAAGCAAAGGAAGAUGAAGCACGGGCACCUGAAACAAAAUGGGGUAAAUGGAAACGUGGUGGUAUCAUUGGUGCUGCUGCAUUAACUGGAGGAGCAUUGCUGGCCAUUACUGGAGGACUAGCUGCACCAGCAAUUGCUGCUGGGUUUGGUGCUCUAGCGCCAACAUUGGGAACUAUCAUCCCUGUGAUUGGAGCAAGUGGGUUUGCUGCAGCUGCAAGUGCUGCAGGAACUGUUGCUGGUUCUGUGGCUGUUGCUGCAUCAUUUGGAGCUGCUGGUGCUGGACUUACGGGGAGCAAAGUGGCAAGGAGAAUCGGAAAUGUUGAUGAAUUUGAGUUCAAAGCAAUAGGGCAAAACCAUAACCAAGGACGGCUAGCAGUUGGGAUUUUGGUCUCAGGAUUUGUCUUUGAUGAGGAAGAUUUUAUAAGACCUUGGGACGGGCGCACAGACAACUUGGAGAGGUAUGCGCUGCAGUGGGAGUCCAAGAAUCUAAUAGCAGUGAGCACUGCGAUUCAGGAUUGGCUUACUUCAAGACUUGCAAUGGAGUUGAUGAAACAAGGUGCAAUGAUGACUGUAUUAAGCACACUCUUAACAGCAUUGGCAUGGCCUGCGGUGUUACUCUCUGCUACUGAUUUUAUAGAUAGCAAAUGGUCGAUUGCAAUUGACAGGUCAGACAAAGCAGGAAAGAUGCUAGCUGAAGUAUUAUUGAAAGGUCUACAAGGCAACAGGCCUGUGACUCUCGUAGGUUAUUCACUUGGAGCACGAGUGAUUUUCAAGUGUCUUCAGACUUUGGCUCAGACAGAACAUAAUGCUGAAGUUGUUGAAAGAGUUGUUCUUCUUGGAGCACCCAUCUCAAUCAAAGAUGAGAACUGGGAAGCAGCAAGAAAGAUGGUAGCUGGAAGAUUUGUGAAUGCAUACUCUUCAAGUGAUUGGAUGCUUGGAGUUGCAUUCCGUGCAAGUCUACUCACUCAAGGAUUGGCUGGAAUUCAACCAAUUGAAGUUCCAGGGAUCGAGAAUGUUGAUGUAACAAAGUUCAUAGAAGGCCACUCUUCCUACCUAUGGGCCACACAGCAUAUAUUGGAUCAUCUGGAAUUGGAUACUUACUUUCCUGUCUUCAUAAAUACCCCAAGCAAUGAAUAGAACUCUUUCCCAAUUUAGUCCUAUUGUUCCUCAGUUCUCUCUGAUCGACGUAUUUGGUGGCUAUAGUGCUCCAUCUCUUACUGUGAGCAUGGGAAUUCACUAGGAUUUAAUUCGUGAUCGUCAUUUGAUUGUCAUUCUAGUUCGAGGAGCUGUGUAUAGAUGUUUGUUUGUUUCACCUUGGACCUACUCUUGUAUUUGCUUUUCCAAUACAUGAAAACAUUGAAGUGCUUCUUUAUAAUUUAACAAUAUGUACAAAAAUAAUUACUGCAAUUUUUUAAAAAUAUUUUCGAAUUUA